GAAUUUUCUAGAUAUCUAUAUAAAUUGUUUUAACAAAAUACUCUCUAGUUUGAUUACAAGUUGAACGUUUGAUCUUCAUCUGUACACACUACCUAUUGUACUUGUAUAUAUAUAAAUAUAUUGCCGUACCAAUUCACGACACGUCGCAUUUUUGGCAACACACGCUCAAUAUUCAAGUAAAUAGGUAUAUCUCGACCAACUAUAUCUCAUUUUUUUUUUUCAACUUUUUAAAUUAAUUCUUUUCACUCUUAUAACUAUACAAUGUUGAACGGAGUGGAAUUCAUUAAGACCCCUAGUCAAGGGCCAAUCCCACCUGUGUCGGAUGAAUGUGGUGUUAAGACUACUGCUAGUCCAGCCAUUCAUAAUGCCCCACUUCCUGCUGAUGGUCCUGGAUCAAAGCAUUUUAGUAACUACGCCAUGAUUGGUUUUGUUGCCAUUAUUCCUUACUACGUUGCCACCAAGUUGGGAGGAGGAUUCAAAUUGUGGAUCUUCCUCACCCUUAUCUCUGGUCUCCCAAUUAUCAUUGCCUACUGGACCAUCUUGUCCACUUUCUCCCCUCGUUUAAAUGAAAAGGUCAAGUACCCAAACCGUCCUAUUUCUUACUAUCUUGAAUACCAUACUCCUGAACUUAAGGCCAAGUAUGAAACCUCCAACAAUGGCCAAGGUAAGAAGAUUCCAAUUGAAACUUUCCAAGAACUUUUCUUUGAUGGUAAGGUUUCUUUCAAGGGUGAUUGUUUAGAUGCUAUGGAAUACAGACAUGAUUGGGCUAACUUCCGUUUCACUCUUUCCCUUUUUAGAUUUUUCGUUUUCGGUUUGAUUCCAGAAGUCAUCAUGCACUCCAAGUCUCAAGAUGAAGAACAAGUUAGAGACCAUUAUGACCGUGGUGAUGAUUUCUACACUUGGUUCUUGGGUCCAAGAAUGAUCUACACUUCUGGUGUUGUCUCCGAUAUUACUAGAGAAGAAACUUUGGAAGAAUUGCAAGACAACAAGUUGCACAUUGUUGCUGACAAGAUUCAAUUGGCUAAGGGUGAUCAUGUUUUAGAUUUAGGAUGUGGUUGGGGUACUUGGGCUACCAUUGCUUCUGCUAAGUUUGGUGCUCAUGUCACUGGUGUUACUUUGGGUAAGAACCAAACUAAGUGGGGUACUUCCUUGAUGGAACAAUACGGUGUUCCAGAAGGUCAAUCCAGAAUCUGUUGUGUUGAUUACCGUGACACUCCAAAGUCUCUUAAAGAAAAUGGUUUGUAUGACAAGAUUACUUGUUUGGAAAUGGCUGAACAUGUUGGUAUUAGAAAGUUUUCUGCCUUCUUGAAGCAAGUUUACGAUUCUUUGGAAGAUGAUGGUGUUUUCUACUUACAAUAUGCUGGUCUUCGUAAAAGCUGGCAAUAUGAAGAUUUGUGUUGGGGUUUGUUCAUGAACAAGUACAUUUUCCCAGGUGCUGAUGCUUCUACUCCAUUGACCUUUGUCAUUGAUGCUUUGGAAGGUACUGGUUUUGAAGUUGUUUCUUUGGACAACAUUGGUGUUCACUACUCUGCUACUUUGUGGAGAUGGUACAGAAACUGGAUUGGUAACAAGGAUAAGGUUAUUAACAAGUACGGUAUCAGAUGGUACAGAAUUUGGGAAUACUUCUUAGCUUCUUCUACCAUUAUUUCUAGACAAGGUUCUGCCACCUGUUACCAAAUCGUUUUGAGAAAGAACUUGAACUCUUACCAUCGUGUUAACUACAUUCCAGCCCAAAAGGGUUUGACUGCAGUUGCUGCUAAAGGUACUAAGUGGGCUUAAUUGAAACAAAAAAUUAUAAAGAAAUGAUUCCUACUGGUUGUGGAAACCUACUUUCUCUGGUAAAAUUUACCAAUUAGAGAUUGGGAUAAAAACAAAAUAAUGACAUAUUGUAAUAUGAUACUGUUAGGAUCUCUUGAUUUAGAGUUAAUUAUGGUUAUUCUAUAUAGAUAAUAUUGA